AUGAGAAGGCCUUGCUCUGAGAAACCAGACUCCCAGAAACGAUCUUGGUCCAGGGAAGAAGACCAGAAACUCAUUGAUUACGUUCAAAAACAUGGUGAAGGUUGCUGGCCUUCACUUCCUCAGGCAGCAGGGUUGCGUCGCUGCGGAAAAAGCUGUCGGUUGAGAUGGUUAAAUUAUCUGAAGCCUGACAUUAAACGAGGAGACUUCGGAGAAGACGAAGAGGACUUGAUCAUCAGGCUUCAUGCUCUUCUUGGCAACCGGUGGUCACUGAUAGCUGGAAGAUUACCAGGAAGAACUGAUAACGAGGUCAAGAAUUACUGGAACUCGCACAUAAGAAAGAAGCUUAUUCAGAUGGGUCAUGAUCCCAAUAAUCUUCGCCAUCGCUUAAUUAAAGGCUCUAUAUUUAUUGGAACUACUGCGAAAUCCAUUAUUAUUGACGAAGAAGCUAAUCCCCACAAGGAAGAUGAUGAUGAUGAUGAACCUUCCAAUAAUAAUAAUAAUCCAGCAGCCAAAAACUUGCAGAAUGAUGAUGAUGAUGAUGAUCAUCAGGUAUUUGAUGAGUCAUCAUCAACAAGCAAGGCCACCAAGCUCAACCUCAACGCUUUUCCAGAUUUGAAUCUUGAUCUCACCCUCACUACUUAUCAUCACUGCAGUGAUCAUUGAGACUGAUAUCAUCAGAGUAUUCCUAUAUAUAUCUA